UGCGCGGGCGGUAGGCUGCCUGUCAGUGCCAUAGCAACCGGAGAGACGACGUCAACCAUCGACAUGCAGGCCAAAGCAACGACUGUGAAAGAGGCACUGGUCAAACUGGAGGAGAAGUCAGGGGAGAAAGUGAGCGAGAGUAAAGCCAUUAAACUGUAUGGUCAGGUUCCUCCUAUAGAGAAGAUGGACGCCUCUCUCUCCACACUCACCAUCUGCGAGAAGCUCUCUCUGUCCACAAACUGCAUUGAAAAAAUAACCAAUCUCAAUGGCCUGAAGAACUUGAGGAUAUUGUCAUUAGGAAGGAAUAACAUUAAGUCUCUCACUGGGCUGGAGGCAGUGGGGGAAACAUUAGAAGAGUUGUGGAUUUCCUAUAACUUGAUUGAGAAACUGAAGGGAAUUCAAUCCAUGAAGAAACUCCGAGUCCUCUACAUGUCCAACAACCUGGUCAAAGAAUGGGGAGAGUUUGUGAGGAUGGCCGACCUGCCCUGCCUCGCAGACCUGGUGUUUGUUGGGAAUCCUCUGGAGGAGAAGCAUUCAGCUGAGGGGACCUGGAUGGACGAAGCCUCUAAAAGACUACCUAAUCUACGGAAACUAGAUGGAACCCCAGUCAUCAAACAGGAAGUGGAUGAAGCAGAAGGAGAGAGCUGAGGAGCAUGACUAUCUGCAAAACUGCAACCUCCUUUUCCGAAGUCUUUUUUAAAGUUUUGUAUGGUUUUUCAUGGUGCUUUUCUUUUUAUGAAAGGAUUUUUACAUCAUAAACUUUGUUAUAAAUAGACAAGCACAAGUUAACCAAAUACACAGAUGUUUAUGUUUUAGAAUGAGAAAAGUCUGUUAAAUUGUCAAAACUUAAAGUGGCAAUCUCAAAGAUUUAAAUCGGUAUACAUGUCCCUCAUCUAUCACUGAAAGCAGUAACGCAAUGGGGAUUGAGCCUAUGGCGAUGCAAUAUUUCAUAUCUUUGCAGUAUUACCAACUGUGGUUACAUUCCUGGAAAAAAAUGCUUUAUUUCCGAUUUUCUUAAUAAACGCACAAAACGUGGACUAUGCACACAAUUCUAAAAAUAUAUAUAUAUGGAAUUUUGGGCACAGUCAAGGCCUCACCCUGUAAAACUCAAAACACAAUUCCAUUGUUUUCACUCAAAUAGAAAUUUUAAAUCAAACAGGACUGAAAUCUAAAUGAUUGCCACUUUAAGGCCUUAUUGGCUUUGGACGAAAAGGACAUUUUGAUGAGACAUUAUAAGUACAAAUACAUGAUGAGGACAGUAAUAUUUAUGGGCCAAAAACACUGUUCUCCCUCCAUAUCAUCACCAUGGAGAGAUGACCAUAUACAGCUUAAUAUAAGAUGUAUAAUGCUACAUUCACAUCAUAUUAGACUAGGCAGUGGAACAAUUGAUGGUGAGAAAAAAGUGACUUGGAGUGAUACAUUUUAGUGUGAACCUCAAAUGUAAAUCCAGCAAAUAUGUGCAUCAGGGUCUGUUACAGAACUCUGACUUCUCAGGUAGAAAACAGUAGUAGCAAUAAAGCAGGAAGCUAAUAUUUACCAUCCUUCUCAUGGGACAUGAAGGGGCCAUCACUGGCCACAUUGCACUGGCCUUUGGUCAGGACUGGAGCCAACAACGCUGAGAGUGACAACUUACAGGCAAAAGAUACAUCCACCGCUCUGUCUGGUACUUUCUUGGAGGCAUUCUAUUUAUAUGUCUAAAUGUUUUAAACUUUUUGAAGGGCAGAAGCUAGUCUACUGUAUUUAACUGACAGUUUUAAUCUAAUUUUGGAUCCAUAGAUUACACGUUGUUCCUGUUUUUUGAACGUGAUACCAAGGUCAAUGCAUGUAGCAUGUUCUCAUUAGCUACAUUAAUCAUUGUCUCUGUUAAAUGAUUUUCAUGUAUUAAGGUAUUUAGGCGUGUUUGAACAUGCAGUU